AUGGCUGUCAGUCUGCAAUCCGUGGCAGACUUGCUCGCCGCCAGUCUUGAUCCACGACGGAACCGGCAAGCCGAACAAGCCCUCAAAGAGUCUGAGGCAAAGCCGGGCUUCUCUCUCAGUCUUCUCCAGAUCGUAGCGGCCGACACAUUUCCCCUCAACACACGACUUGCGAGCGCACUAUUCUUCAAGAACUUUGUUCGGCGGAAUUGGACAAACGAGAACGGCGAACAUGUCCUUCCUGCGAACGAGGUCGACACGAUCAAGAGCGAGCUCAUUGGACUGAUGGUCAAAGUCCCACCUGCUAUCCAGGCGCAACUCGGUGAUGCUAUCAGCGUCAUUGCAGACAGCGACUUUUGGGAGAGGUGGGAUACACUCGUGGAUGAUCUGGUCUCCAGACUCACUCCGGACAACGCCGCAGUGAACAAUGGAGUGCUGCAAGUCGCACAUUCCAUCUUCAAGAGAUGGGAGCCGCUGUACCGGUCCGAUGAGCUUUACACCGAGAUCAACCAUGUGCUGUCGAAAUUUGCUGCGCCAUUCUUGCAGCUAUGGGAGAACACAGACCGCAUGAUCGAUGCGAAUCAGGCCAACCCGGAAGUGCUCAGGGCACACUACACCACUCUAGACUUGAUCAUGAAGCUCGUCUACGACCUCUCAACACACGACAUGCCGCCCCAAUUCGAAGAGUCCCUUGGAGCAAUCUCGGCAUUGUUGCUGAAAUACUUGACAUAUCAGAAUGCUGCAUUGGACACUGGCGAUGAGUCUGAAGCAGGGCCUCUGGAGAGCGUAAGAGCAGGCGCAAUCAAAGUCUUGGUGCUAUACACGCGCAAGUAUGACGAGGAGUUCAAGCCGCAUCUCAACCAGUUCAUUCAGACUUCCUGGACGCUGCUCACGACCAUUGGACCUGAAGCGAAGUACGAUUUGGUGGUGAGCAGGGCUCUGGAGUUCUUGACAACGGUCGCUAGCAUCAGGCAGCACGCGGAAAGCUUCAACAAUGCAGAGACCAUGGGCCAGGUCACAGAGAAUGUGGUCAUUCCAAACCUAUCGUUACGCGAAUCCGACAUUGAGACGUUUGAGGAUGAGCCUAUUGAGUUUAUUCGGCGGGACCUGGAGGGUUCGGACGAUGAUACUCGGAGGCGUGCUGCCACCAACUUCCUACGCAAGCUCAUGGAGCAGUUCGAGACGCUGGUCACCGAGGUCGUUAUGCGAUACGUCAAUCACUUCCUCCAGGAAUACGCCAAAGACCGGAGUGCGAAUUGGAAAUCCAAGGACACCGCGGUGCAUCUCUUCUCAUCAAUUGCUGCCAAGGGAACAUCCACCGCUGCGAAGGGAGUCCUAAGCGUCAAUCCGAACGUCAACGUGAUCGAAUUCUUCCAGAACAACGUGGCCGAGGAUCUUACCAACGACGCGGCUGAGCCACUGCUGAAGGUGGACGCGAUCAAAUAUUUGUACAUUUUCCGCAGCAUACUUUCUGCCCAGCAAUGGCAGGCGGCAUUCCCACUUCUUGUUCAACAUUUGAACUCGUCGAACUACGUGGUCUACACUUACGCGGCUAUCUCUGUCGACCGAGCAUUGUACCUUACGGACGACAACAGACAACCGAUCAUCCCGCGUGAGAACAUUGUCCCGCUGGCAAAGGAUCUCCUGCAACAUCUGUUCACACUCAUUACGAAAGACACCAAGCCUGAGAAGGUCCAAGAGAACGAGUUCCUGAUGAAGUGCGUGAUGAGAGUCUUGAUUGUCAUCCGCGAAGACAUGCUUCCAAUCGUCGAUCUCAUCAUCACCAACCUGGUCAACAUCACGAAAGUCUGCCGCCAUAAUCCUUCUAACCCCGGGUUCUGCUACUUUCUCUUCGAGUCACUAGGCGCCCUCAUUCGCUUUGCGGGUCCUACACAGUCGGAGAACCUUGAGGCAGCCUUGUUCCCAACCUUCAUGGAGGUGCUACAAUCGCAGGUGGACGAGUUCACUCCAUAUAUCUUCCAGCUAUACGCUCACAUGGUGGCUACCAACCCAUCAGAUACACUGUCUGCAAACUUCCAACAACUAGUGGCUCCAGUCCUGACACCGGCGAUGUGGGAUUCAAGAGGCAACGUCCCGGCAUUGACCAGACUUCUCACGACCAUGAUCCCGAAAGGAGCUCAGCAGAUGGCGGCCGCAAACCAGACCGAAGCCAUUCUUGUCAUCUUCCAGAAGUUGGUCAGCAGCAAAGCGUACGAAAGCCAUGCCAUGGACCUCAUCGAAGCGCUUGUCACCAACUUCCCACCGGCAGCCCUCGAGAACUUCUGGGGCUCCAUUCUCCAACUCAUGUUCACUCGCCUCUCAAAUUCCAAGACGGAGAACUUCACCCUUCGCUUCGUCCGCUUCUACCACCUCGUCUCAGCCCUCAGCACGAAAGGCUUCGGAGCCGAUUUCUUCAUCGCCGCAGCCGACCGCGUACAAGAGAACGUCUUCACACCCAUCUACACCGGCAUCAUCCUCCCAGAUACUCAAAAGCUCAGCCGACCCUUCGACCGCAAGACCGCUUGCAUCUCCCUCACCCGCACUCUCGCCGACAGCCAAGCUUUCGUCGACCGCUACGCCAAGCGCGGCUGGGCGAUCACCUGCGAAGCUCUUCUCAAACUACUCAUCAACCCACCUCUUCCACCUGCCGCGGACGACAAUCUGAUUGAAGACCGCGACGUCGAUGACCUGGGAUUCGGAGCGGCGUUCACGCAGCUCAAUACUUGCAAGCGACCGACUGUGGAUCCGUGGCCGGAGGUUCAGGACGUCAAGACGUGGGUGGGCACUACGCUGCGAGAGGCAGAUCAGAGGCAUGGAGGGAGAAUUGGACAAUUCGUCGGCGAGAAGCUGGACGAUGAGGGAAAGAAGCGCCUGGGGGAGGUUAUGCAAGCUUGA